AUGCAAAUACGUGAUUUAGUACAACGGGGUAACACACUACAAUUCAAUUGCAAUGUAGGAAACAGAAUAUAUGAGGUGAGCCCCGAGUUUUCGAUUAGCGGGUUUACCUUCCAUAUAAUGGCAAUUAAUGUGAAAGACGUUACGAACAAUGUUCUGAUCCUUGUCAGGUUUUUUAAAAACUGCCUAGAAGACGACUUGACCUACUCCAUCACUAUAUCCAGCAAUAAAUUAUCCAUUGCAGCAAAAAGAUUUCUGUCUGAUUAUAAUUAUCAUUUGAUUAAGGAGGAUAAUCAAGAGCGGGUGUUCGACAUCUCGGUCGUCAUGGAUACAGUACACGUCAGCUCAUUCAAAGCGCUUCACGAUGAUACUGAACUAACCGACUUUGAGCUCCGCGGAGAGGAUGGAUCAGUGAAAGUACAUAAAGCAGUCCUUGCAGCUUCUAGCGACGUAUUAAGGCGAAUGCUCAGCGGCUACUGGCGAGAGACUACAGAAGGUCACCUAGACGUCCCAGGCACUUCGACACAGACGUUGCAGCACCUAAAAGAUUACAUAUAUUUGCGCAAGCUGCCCUAUACUGGCUUGGAGCAGAUCCUGCUUCUUGCUUCUUAUUACAUGAUACCAGGCUUAGAGCAGAAAUGUGUGAAUGAAUUGAUGAAUCGCUUGACAGCGCAGGACACGUUUGAUCUACUUGAGUUCGCGGUGAAACACAAAAUUACCAGGCUUGUUCUGGCCAUUCUUGACUGCGUCCAGAGUCGGUGGGUGAAAGUUACGGAUAUACGUAAACACUUUUUGAAUUAUUAA